AUGCAGACCACAACCGCCCAUUACCAGCGGCCGCGCGCCCAUACGCUGUUCGCGGCGAAACCAGCCACAUUGACGAUACAACCCAAACUCGCCAAUAUGUCCUAUCACCGCCAACUCUCGCCUGGUUCGCGCCGUCUCCAGAACCCCGGGCGAGCCUCUGACAGCUUCACCACCGAUCCAUUCUACACACAGAACAGACACAAUUCGUAUACGUCGCCGAGAUCGAGCGGCGUCAUCCCACUUUCCAGCGAGACCUAUGUCACUGAGCAGCCGAGAAGCGCGAGAGAGCCACCUCGAGGAGGAGUGUAUGGUGGAGAUUAUGGAGCUGGUAGACCCCGACGCUCUUCGCUCGUGGAUACUCAACGAGGAUCCGCGCCUGCUGUUACGCAGUUGCCUAGCAGGAGCAAACCGACUGUUGUGCAUGAUGCUGCACGGCCAAGCAGCCCGCUGAAGGGCGGUCGCGACCGUGACUAUUACGUCACUCCUGGUGUGUCCAAGGAGCCAAGGAAGAUAGAACAUAAGAAGAUCUACUCUGUGAACACGGACGGCAACGCGAAUCUGGUGGCGCAUAUCGAUGCACCUGCCGCGGAAAGACACCAUAGGCGGAGGGAAAGUGGCACUGAGCGUACUGGUGGCUAUCUGACCACGACGACCGACCGCGAGCGAGGACGAAAGGACUAUCACGCGACUGGUCGCAGCAGAGCAGGUGACGGCAAUAUCGAAGACCGUGACGCUUUCUCUUAUACCGAUCCUGCCGGCAUGUACGCCAAUACUGAGCCCAGGUGGCGUGACAAUUCAAUCCGACCGAGAAGGAACAGCAUGGAUCGAGGUUCGAGUCGCGAUAACAGACCGGCGAAUGUGAUGGUUGACCCUGUUUACAACGACCCUCGCUCCUCUGGGCGAGAGCUACCUGGACCGCCACCGAGUAUGCGAGGCUGGGAGUCGGUCAAUAAGAUGGGCCGCUCGAACACAGUCCGCGAUACCAACAGCCGUGGCAUUGCACAGUCGCCUUCUCGAGGACGGUUCCCUGAUGCUUAUGCCGAAACUCGUGAUCCGUAUAACGCACCACCUCCAAGACCUAGCUCAAGGGACGGCAGGUCUACGGCUGCCAAUGUUGAUCGACCUAGCGACCGUGGAGGAUAUGAGUAUGAACGCGAGCGUGAGACACGACACGAACGUAGGAACAGCGUCACUAGGCGGCCAGACACGAGUACAACCAGGAGAGGCUUCGGCAUAAGAGCCGACAGUCGUGACCGCUAUGCCCGAGAUGAUCGUGGCAGCGACGAGAGCAUCAAGGAACGUGAUCGUCAGCCAUACCGCGAUUCUGGAUAUGCUGAACCUCAUCGACGAGACACUGCUCCCGAGAUACCUUACCAUGAGGAACGCCGACUGGAGCAGGAGAAGAAGGAUCGGGAACUAGCUCGCCAGCAGCAGGAGGAUCGUGAGAGGCAGUAUGAGCGUGAGAAGCGACGAGAUGAUGAUCGUGGCCAUGAUCGCGACUAUGACCGCGAACGAAAGGAUCGUGAUCGUGAGUACGAGCGUGAAACCGACCGCGAGCGGGAGAGACAACGCAUGAUGGAGCGUGCGCCUGAGCGCGAGCCAGAGCGUGAGAGGGAGAGACAUCAUCAUCGUCGUGAGUCCGUGGACAGGAGCGGUCGUGAUCGUGACCAUCGUAAGGAGAAUGGCGAGGCCUCGUCAACGGGACUGUCACAAGCUGCUACAGGCGGCUUGGCGGGCGCUGCUGCUGCGUUUGGUCUUGGUAAGAUGCUUAAGAAAGACAAGGAUGAGGAUCGUGACAAGGAUCGUGAUCGAGAGCGUGAUGAGAAGCGGGAGCGGGAUCGUGCUGAGAGGGAGCGUGAGAAGGAGCGUGAGAAGGAAGCAGAACGCAAACGCUACGAGGAGCCACCUCGCCGCGAAGACCGCGAGCGACGGAAUCGUGGUGCUGAUGCUGUUUCCCGCAGCGAAGAUAGUGCACCCUUCGACCGUGAGCCUAGGGACGAUCGACCGCGUGAAGCUGAUCGCGGUCUUGGCUUUGCCUUCGAGCGACAACCCGAGCCACCAAAAAGUGCAGCCGCGCCACCAGUCGAAAGGCCACGAGAGCGCGAACCCCGCGUGCCUGAACCAGUGCGAGAACGAGACCUCGAGCGAGAUCAUGAAGACAGGCACUCUGAUCCACCACAAGCUGCACUUGACCCAGAAGAGGACUAUCGACGCCGAAUGGAGCAAGUGCAGCGUGAAAUGGGGCGAGUACCGGUUGACGAACGAGGCGGCUCCGACUCUGACCCCGAUCGUGAGCGGAGGCGACGAGAACGUGAACAGAGACAACGUGAGAAAGAGGAGCGCGACUUACGGGAGCCUAAGCUGGACGCUGGUAUUGGUCUCACAGCCAUGAACGACCAGCCGCCACCUCCCGCACUUCGACGAAGCUUCGAGGACACUGCUUCCGAAGCCACGGCAGCUUCUUCCCAACAGCAUGGCUUGCGUCGCAAGCCGAGCAUUCUCGACGACUCGAUGAGUGCCGAGCCGGCCCAGAUCAUCGAUAACAGCUUGAGCGACCGCAGAGAAAAUCGUGUCCGGAUCGUUGAUCCACCGACCGAAGAAGAAUCCAGACGACCAAAAGGUAUCCUCAAGCAGCCAACGCAGAAAUUCCCAGAAUAUCCCGCACAGGCACGUGAGGGCGCGCUGCCGCUGAAAGAAACAAGUGUCAAGGGCAUCCCACCCGGUGCUCGCUGGACGAAAAUCGAUCGCCGACUCGUGAACCCGGAGGCGCUGGAGGAGGCUAAGGAGCGGUUCGAGGAGAGGUUGGAUUGCGUGAUUGUGUUGCGGGUGCUUACGAAGGAGGAGAUUCAGAAGUUGGCGGAUCGGACGCGGGAGUUGAGAGGUAGGUUGCACACUUUUCUUAUGGGUCAUGGUUUUGAAGUUGUGGGCGAUGCUGGGCAUGAGCAGAGGUUGUCGCCUGAGCACUCGCUGGGGCACGAUCACGCGCGUCAGGCACAUUCGUCUGCGGAGUAG